CACUCCUAUUUUCUUGGAUUCCCCCCCCCCUUCCAAAAGCAAUGACCAAGUUGGCUUACCCCGAAGUGCGUCGCGACGAGACCGUUGUCGAUGACUAUCACGGCACCAGCAUUGCCGACCCUUACCGCUGGCUCGAAGACCCCGACGCGCCCGAGACGCAGGCGUUUGUUGACGCGCAAAACACGCUGACCCGUUCCGUGCUGGAUCAGUGCACCGUCCGCGAGCCGUUCGAGAAGCGAAUGACCGAGAUCUUUGACUAUCCCAAGCAUGGCACACCGUUCCAGCGUGGCUCGCGCUACUUUUACUUUUACAACACGGGCUUGCAGCCGCAAAGCGUCUUGUACUACCAAAACUCGAUCGAUGGCGAACGCCAGGUGCUGCUCGACCCAAACACGCUGAGCGCGGACGGUACGCUCUCGUUCGGUGCUUACGGCAUCUCGGAAGACGGCGAGUUGUUGGCCUACGGCUUGAGCCAAAGCGGCUCGGACUGGCAAACCGUGUACAUCAAGCGGGUUGCGACCGGUGAAGCGCUGACCGACAAGCUGAGUUGGGUCAAGUUUUCCGGCAUUUCGUGGACGCACGACCACCGUGGUUUCUUUUACAGCCGCUACCCCGAACCCGCCAAGAAUGCCGACGGCACGGAAACAGACAUCAACCUGCACCACAAGCUGUACUACCAUGUCGUGGGCACCCCGCAGGAAGAGGACAAGCUGUGCUAUGAGACCCCCGACAAUCCCAAGUGGAUGAUUGGCGGCGAAGUGAGCGAGGACGGCGCCUAUGUGCUCGUCACCAUCAGCGAGGGCUGCGAUCCCGUCAACCGGCUGUACUAUGCCGACCUGUCUGGAUCGAAGGGCACCUUUACCGGCUCUCUCGAUGUCGUCAAGCUGAUUGACAACUUUGAUGCGCUGUACAGCUACGUGACGAAUGCCGGGCGCAUCUUUUACUUUCGCACCAACCUGAACGCGCCAAAGUACACGACCAUCGCCAUCGACUUUGACCAUCCCGAGCAGCCGAGCUGGAAGACAAUCAUCCCAGAGCAUGACAAGGAUGUGCUCGAGUGGGCAUCGUGCGUCAACGAAAACCGCCUCGUUGUCUGCAGCCUCCACGACGUCAAGACUGUGCUUCGCUUGCACGACCUGUCGACCGGGCGUCUGUUGGCUGAUUUCCCGUUGGACAUUGGCACCGUUGGCGGCUUUUCGGGUCGCCGACAGGACACGGCCAUCUUUUACCAGUUCAACGGUUUCCUCUCCCCCGGCACCAUCUUCCAUUGCCCCGUGAAUGGCGAGACGCUUGUUCCGCGUGUCUUUUACCAGACCGUUGUGAAUGGCAUCGACCCUUCUGCGCUGCAAACCGAACAGGUCUUCUAUCCCAGCAAGGAUGGCACCAAGAUUCCCAUGUUCAUCGUGUCCAAGAAGAGCCUGAAGCGCGACGGCAACAACCCGACCCUGCUCUACGGUUAUGGCGGCUUUGACAUUUCCAUCAAGCCGUCGUACAGCGUGUCGCGUCUCAUUUUCAUGCAGCACCUGGACGGCAUUCUCGCGAUUGCAAACAUUCGCGGCGGCGGCGAGUACGGCGAGACGUGGCACAAGGCUGGCUCGCUUGGAAGCAAGCAAAACUGCUUUGAUGACUUCCAGUCGGCUGCCCAGUACCUGAUCGACAACAAGUACAGUCGCCCAGAGCGCAUCGCCAUCAACGGCGGGUCGAAUGGCGGCUUGCUUGUGGGUGCAUGCAUCAACCAGCGCCCCGAUCUGUUCGGGGUCGCGAUUGCGCAAGUGGGCGUGAUGGACAUGCUGCGCUUCCACAAGUUUACGAUCGGGCACGCGUGGACGACCGACUAUGGCUGCUCGGACAAGGCGGAUCAGUUCCCAUGGCUCAUCAAGUACUCGCCGUUGCACAACACGGCCAAGAGCGACAAGCCCUACCCGGCAGUCAUGCUCUUCACGGGCGAUCACGACGACCGUGUUGUCCCGUUGCACUCUCUCAAGCUGAUUGCCACGCUGCAGCACACUGUUGCGCACCGGCCGAACCAAGUCCAGCCAAUUCUGAUUCGUGUCGAGACCAAGGCCGGCCACGGAGCUGGCAAGCCGACCAAAAAAGUGAUUGAGGAGAUCUCUGACAUGUACGCGUUUAUUGCGCACAUCAUGGGUCUCACAUGGCAUUGAUCCGUCCAUGCCACAAUGCAAUGCUUGGCGAUCUGUUUCCAAUAAAUUGGCCUUU